AUGGACCAGCUAAAGGGUGAUCAUGUGUGGCUGGACACUCAACCAAACAGUGAAUUUAAUGUCCCCAUUGGGGCAGUUGUGAAGGAAUCUGACUCAGGACGGAUCUUGCUGGAGGAUGAUGAAGGCAAGGAGCACUGGAUCACGGCUCGGAAUAUGCACAUGGUGCACCUGAUGCACCCCUCCUCUGUGCAGGGGGUGGAAGACAUGAUCCGCCUCGGGGAUCUCCAUGAAGCUGGCAUGGUGCACAACCUCCUCAUCCGACACCAGGAGCACAAAAUCUAUACUUACACAGGAUCAAUCCUUGUAGCAGUGAAUCCAUACCAGCUGCUGCCCCUCUACACAGUGGAUCAGAUCAGACUCUACUGUAACAAGAGGAUUGGAGAGCUUCCACCUCAUGUCUUUGCCAUUGCAGAUAACUGUUACUUCAACAUGAAGAGGAAUAAGAGAGACCAGUGCUGUGUCAUCAGUGGAGAAUCUGGAGCUGGUAAAACUGAAAGUACAAAGCUAAUACUACAGUUUCUGGCAGCUGUCAGUGGCCAGCAUUCCUGGAUAGAGCAGCAAGUCCUAGAGGCCAACCCCAUUCUGGAAGCUUUUGGAAAUGCCAAGACAAUUCGAAAUGACAAUUCAAGCCGCUUUGGGAAAUACAUUGAUAUUCACUUCAACCAGAGUGGUGUGAUAGAAGGAGCCCGCAUAGAGCAGUUCCUCCUGGAGAAGUCCCGGGUCUGCCGGCAGGCUCCAGAGGAGAGGAACUAUCACAUCUUCUACUGCAUGCUAAUGGGGAUGAAUACAGAACAGAAAAAGAUGCUGAAUCUGGGCACUGCUUCAGAGUACACUUAUCUCACUAUGCAGGAGGAUGUUCCUUACCUGCUGGUGUGGUGCUUGCAGGGUAACUGCACGUCCUGCGACAGCCGGAACGACGCCAAGGAUUAUGCCCACAUCCGCUCGGCGAUGAAGAUCCUCAUGUUCUCAGACUCUGAGCACUGGGACAUCAGCAAGCUGCUGGCUGCCAUCCUGCACCUGGGGAAUGUAGAGUUCCAAGCGGCCGUGUACGACAACCUGGACUGCUCUGAUGUGAUAGACUCCCCACACUUCUCCAUCGCCACCAAGCUGCUCGAGGUGGACUCUAGUGAACUCCAGAACAGCCUCACAAACCUGUCCAUCAUUGUCCGAGGAGAAAGUGUGUCCAGGCCUCUGAAUGUGGCUCAAGCUGCCAAUGGAAAGGAUGCCUUUGUGAAGGGUAUAUAUGGACGGAUUUUCUUGUGGAUCGUGAACAAAAUCAACUCAGCCAUUUUCAACCCAUCUUCUCAGAAGCCUAAAGACAGACAUCAAUCCAUUGGACUGCUGGACAUUUUUGGGUUUGAAAACUUCAGCAACAACAGCUUUGAGCAGCUUUGCAUCAACAUUGCCAAUGAGCACCUUCAGCAGUUCUUUGUGCACCAUGUCUUCAAGCUGGAGCAAGAGGAAUACCUUGCAGAGCACAUUACCUGGAACAAUAUUGACUUCACUGACAACCACCAGGCUCUGGAAGUCAUUGCACUCAAGCCCAUGAAUAUCAUCUCCCUCAUUGAUGAAGAGAGCAGGUUCCCAAAGGGCACAGAUGCCACCAUGCUUGUCAAAAUCAAUUCCCUCCAUGGUAAAAGUAAUGUCUACAUCCCACCUAAAAGUGUUCAUGAUACCAAGUUUGGCAUCAACCACUUUGCUGGGGUUGUCUUUUAUGAAUCAAAAGAUUUCUUGGAGAAAAAUCGUGACACACUGAGUGCUAAUGUAAUGCAAGUGGUCCAUUCCUCCAAAAACAAAUACCUGAGAGAGAUUUUCCAGGUGGAAACAACCCCACCUAUUCUGGGACGUGGGACCAUUCGGCAUCAUGGAUCUGACCAGGUCUACAAGGGCUUGGAUACCACCAAGCGCCUCUCGACACUGGGAGGACAGUUCAAGCAAUCCCUGGAAAAGCUCAUGAAGAUCCUGGAGCAGUGCCAGCCAUACUUCAUCCGCUGCAUCAAGCCAAAUGACUACAAGAAACCACUGCUGUUUGACCGGGAGCUGUGCAUCAAGCAGCUGCGCUACUCGGGGAUGAUGGAGACCAUCCAGAUCCGGAAGGCCGGGUACCCCAUCCGCUACAGCUUUGAGGAGUUCUUUGAGAGAUACAGAUUUCUUCUGCCAUGGUCUCAGCGACAAAAGCUGAAGAAUGAUGCUCGACAGAGCUGCAUCAGCAUCUCCCAAGCAGUGCUGGGCAAGGAUGAAAGCUGGCAAGUUGGAAGGACCAAGAUUUUCCUUAAAGAUUAUCAUGACACUGUAUUGGAGCUGCAACUCCAAAAUGUACUCACAGAUAAGGUUCUUCUUAUCCAGAAGGUGAUGAGAGGAUUGAAGGACAGGAAGCAGUUCCUGAAACAGAGGAGGUCUGCUGUAGCCAUUCAGUCAGCCUGGAGAGGCUACUGCUGCCGGAAGGAGUUCAGAAUGCGGAUCGUGGCGUUCCAGGCGCGGUGCCGCGGGUUCCUGCUGCGCCAGAGCCUGGCACAGCAGCACAGAGCUGCACGCGUCAUACAGGCCCAUGCCAGGGGCAUGCUCGCUCGCCACACCUUCCAGAGGAUGAAGAGGGAGAACAAGCUGGAAGCCAGGAAUAUCCAAGUCCUGGGACCAUUGAAAGGAAGGGAAGAAGCUAUGAGACUACAAAAGCACCUGCCAACUCAGGAGAGAGAGGAGGCAGAAGCAAGACAAGGGAGGAACGUGCUUGCCAAUAAACCAACAAAUCAUGAUGUUAUCAGCGACCAAGAAAUGGUGGACAAAAUUUUUGGGUUUUUACCUUCUAUGAUUGGAGGCCAAGAAGGACAGGCUCCUCUGGGUUUUGAGGACUUGGAAACAAAGCCUAACAAGCUGGAGGAAGUGGACCUGGACAUGGUUCCCAUGAGUGUGGAGCUAGAAGAGGAAGCACAUGGUUUGGAAGAGUACACCUUCCCCAAGUUUGCAGCUACUUAUUUCCAGGGCUCUUCCACACACACACACAUCCGAAGGCAGCUGCGGCACCCGCUGCUCUACCACGAUGACAAGGACAAUGUCCUGGCUUCUCUAGCUGUAUGGGUGAUCAUCCUGAGGUUCAUGGGGGACCUGCCAGAGCCAGCAAUGUUUGCCAAGAGUGCCACAACCAAGAGCAGCUCCGUGAUGACACAGAUAUAUGACACACUUGGCAGGAAAAACCAGGUCCAGUUGAAGAAUGACAGCCCAAAUAUGAGAGAAGGCAGAAAGGAUAACAAGAUUUCUAAGGGGAUUUCAUCCCUGAAACUGAAACGGUCAUCCAAGCUGACAGGGAAGGUGACAGAGCAGCUACGAACUGGAGAAGAGGCUUUCCAAGAGGACAUCUCGAUCUCUCAGAGACCUAUGUCCAACCUAGAGAAAGUACACUUCAUUAUUGGCAAUGCAAUUCUGCGUCCUGCCAUCAGAGAUGAGAUUUAUUGCCAGAUUUGCAAACAACUCACAGAAAACAGCAACAGGAGCAGCUAUGCUCGUGGCUGGAUCCUUCUGUCACUUUGCCUUGGCUGCUUUCCUCCUUCAGACACGUUUGUGAAGUACCUGUUGAAUUUCAUCCACCACGGGCCCACGGGCUACGCUCCGUACUGUGCUGAGCGUCUGAGACGCACCUACAGCAACGGGGCCCGCACUGAACCUCCCAGCUGGCUGGAACUUCAGGCAACAAAGCAGAAGAAAUCCAUUAUGUUUCAUGUCACCCUGAUGAAUGGCCAAAGCAUCACUGUCCCUGCAGACUCUGCUUCCACUGCCAAAGAGAUCUGUCAGUUCAUAGCAGAUAAAAUCAAACUGAAGGAUAUCUUUGGGUUUUCACUCUACAUUGCUGUGUUUGAUAAGGUGUGGUCGCUGGGCGGGGGCCGGGAGCACGUGCUGGACGCCAUCUCGCAGUGCGAGCAGCUGGUGAAGGAGCGCGGCACGCACGAGCGCCACGCGCCCUGGCGCCUCUACUUCCGCAAGGAGAUCUUCACGCCCUGGCACAGCUCCCGCCAGGAUCCCGUCAGCACCGACCUCAUCUACCACCAGCUCAUCCGGGGCGUUCGCUUUGGAGAGUACCGCUGCGACAAGGAGGAAGAUUUGGUGGAGAUAGGUGCAAAAUAUUGUUAUAUCCAAUUUGGAGAUACCAUCCACAAUGAACUUGUGCAGAAGGUGCUCCAUGACUGUAUUCCAGUAAAGCAGCUGAAGUCCAAACCCCUGGAAAAGUGGGUGAGCCUUGUAACCUAUGCACAUGCUAAGGCCCCAUACACACAGGACCAUCUCUCCUCUCAGACUGUGAAGGAGCAACUUGUAGAUUUUGCUCGCUUUCAGUGGCCUUUGCUCUUUUCCAGAUUCUUUGAAGUCACUAAGUUUUCAGGACCUAGCUUGCCUAAGAACCACUUCAUUAUUGCUAUAAAUUGGAAAGGCAUCUGCUUCUUGGAUGAGUCAGAAAAGCGGCUCCUUGAGCUGACCUACCCAGAGAUAACUGGCAUCCACACCAACAGGGCAGUGAAGUCAUUUGGACAGAGCUGCACUCUCAUCACGCUUCGUGGCGAGGAGUUUGUUCUGACAUCUGUAAACAGUGUUGUCAUUGCUGAGCUGGUGGUGAUGUUCCUGGAAGGACUGAAGAAAAGAUCACAAUUUGCUGUGGCAAUGCAUGAGAAAAAAUCCCAGGAUGAUCCUGGCAUCCUGUCCUUCAAGAAGGGAGACUUGCUAAUCUUCACCGAAGACAAAAGGCUGGAUGCAGACUCUGGCUGGAUCUGUGCCCAGAAUGAAAGGACAGGCAAAACAGGGAAUGUAUUUUUGGAAGACAUCUACAUCAUUCCUUCCCUCACAAAACCCUCUAGUCAAGUGCUGAGUCUGCUGAUGAUGUCUCCAGACCAGAGGAGGACAGCUUCACAGAACUCCUUCAUGGAGGAACCUGAUGAAGAGGAUAUCAAGGUGAAGCCUUACACCCUGGAAGAGUUCUCCUAUGAACACUUCAGGACUCCUGAGAAGGAAUCCAUCAGCAAAGCUGUUCUCCAGAAAUCCCGUGGGCACAGUCAGCUGUGGGCACAUUCCAAGGAGCCUCUGAAACAACCACUGCUGAAGAGAGCAUGCACAGACCCUGAUGUUCGGGAUUUGGCCUGUCAGGCCUUCAUUGCCAUCAUGAAAUUCAUGGGAGACUACCCCUCAAAACAGGCACACUCCUCCGUGGAAGUCACUGACCAGAUAUUUGUGCCAGCUAUCCAGGAGGAAGUCCUGAGGGAUGAGAUUUACUGUCAGAUUAUGAAACAACUGACUGAGAACAGAAACAGGUACAGCGAGACCAAGGGCUGGCAGCUGCUCUGGCUCUGCACUGGCCUCUUCCCACCCAGCAAGUCACUGCUCAAACACACCCAGAAGUUCAUAGAGACACGCCAGAAAGAAACACUGGCCCCGGGGUGCCGUCGGAGGAUUCAGACAGUAAUGAGGAGUGGCUGCAGGAAGUGGGCACCUCAUCCUGUGGAGGUUGAGGCCAUCUUACAGAACAACACUAAGAUCUCACACAAGAUUUUCUUCCCCAACGAAACAGAACUGACAUUUGAUGUGGGAACAAACACCAAAAUCCAGACUCUGUGUCAGAACAUCGCUUCCAAAUUGCAGCUGCACUCCUGGGAAGGUUUCAGCCUCUUUGUGAAGAUCGCAGACAAGGUGAUCAGUCAGAAUGAAGCAGACUACUUCUUUGACUCACUAAGGCAGGUGACAGACUGGAACAAAAGGAACAGGCCAGGAAAAGAUGGGGCUGCUCUGUCUGUGGCCUAUGAGGUGUACUUCAUGAGAAAGCUGUGGCUGAAUGUCACUCCUGGCAAGGAUGUGAAAGCUGAUACCAUUUUCCAUUACCACCAGGAGCUGCCAAAGUACCUCAGAGGCUACCACAAGUGCUCCAAGGAUGAAGCUGUGCAGCUGGCAGGGCUGAUUUAUAAAGUGCGCUUCAACAACGACCGCACGCAGCUGGCAGCCAUCCCCAAAAUCCUGAAGGAGCUGGUGCCAGACAAUCUGCUCCGAGCAGUGGCACCAGAUGAGUGGAAGAAGAGCAUUGUUGCAGCAUACAGUAAACAUGAAGGAAAAACUGUGGAUGAGGCCAAGAUUGCUUUCUUGAAAAUGAUACACCGGUGGCCAACGUUUGGAUCAGCCUUUUUUGAGGUGAAGCAAGCCUCGGAGCCCAAUUUCCCAGAGAUUGUACUGAUUGCAAUCAACAAGCAAGGAGUGUCACUGAUACAUCAGAAGACAAAGGACAUUUUAGUAGUCUACCCCUUCAAUAAGAUCUCCAACUGGAGCAGUGGGAGCACAUAUUUUCACAUGACCAUAGGGAACCUGGUACGAGGAAACCGACUCUUAUGUGAGACAUCUCUGGGUUACAAAAUGGAUGACCUGUUAACAUCCUACGUACGCCUGCUCAUGAAUGCUGUAAACAAGCAAAAGAACCUCCCAGCCUGAGAGUGGAAAUAGAGCCCAUGACCUGUACUUGUGCCAAACUACCUGUAACUUCAUAUCCCAGAAGAAAUGCCAUUUAAAAAAAAUGUUAAUCUUGCUGAUCAAUCUUCUGAACACACACUGAAUGAACUGAGUUGCUGAAACACUAGUGCAGGAGAAACUCAAGUCAGCAUGUGCUUUCAACUAUCUGUACCACUUCUGUCUUAGAUGUAGUAUGAGAACUCCAUUCAGAUACUGGAUUUAGAGAAAGUUUAAAUGGACUUUAAUGUUCUAGGGGAGUGCAGAAACCCUGUGAGGGCCCCUUCCAAUAGCCUGAAUCUCCUCCAUUCAAAGACAGACACACAUGGAGAGCUGCCUUCCUUUUGGAAAGAAAAUGCCCCUUAUUGCAUAUGCUCUUACUAAAUGUACAAACUCCAAGAGUCUUUGCAAACAAAGGUAAUUUUUUUCCACCUGUUGGCAAUUCUAGAAGUGGAGAAAUGCCCUUUAGUAGUAGAUAACUAGACAGUUUGAAAGGUAAUAUGUCCCCUGACUUACCACAGCCUCGAUUAAAUUAGUCUUCUUUCUUCCACAUGCUAUAAUGGUCUCGGAAACUAACAACCACUUUGUACUGUGCAGUUUCUAGUAAGUUCUGAAAUGAGUCUGGGGUUUGGGUUCAUCACGUUUAGUUGCUUCUAUUUCAAGAUACAGAUGAGCUAUUCAGUGCAAAUCAGAACUGAAGAACUCAGUCUAACAGAGGUCUGUUGAAAAGAGACUUUUCUGCUCCACAAGAAUGUUCUGUUAGGAGUUAUGCAGACAUUCCCUCACGAGACAGGAAUAAUAGCUUUAAUUUGUCCUGAACUCUUCUGCUUCCUGUUUAGCAGACAGCUGGAGUGGUAAAAUUUGAUUCAGCACUUGUUCAUCUCCAAGAGCUUUGUAGAAACACGGCUUUGGUGCCACAGGAACCAGAGUGUGCUCUGUGUGUGUAAAGUAGAUACAGACUAUGGUGGGAGCAAGCUUAGCUGCUUCCCCCUCAGAUCAAGCAUUCCUCCCUCACUCCCAGUGAAACAUGAACAUGUCUUAAAGCAUUUACACCAAGUUCCUUGAGACACAACUGGCAGUGCUGGAAAAGCAGCCCUGCUUGAUCUCUCAACUUUGCCAAUGGAUGCACAAUGGAUCUCUUGUUGCCUCAGACACGUGUGCACAAAAUUCAAAUGCUGGUGGGAGUUUUGUAUAUGGUGGCAGGGAAGAGCCCACUCUCUUUGUGCAUCUAAAUGAGUGCCACACCUGUCAGAAUAGCUGAUCUUUUUGCAAGCAGUUAGAUGCUCCUGCUGUAGUGUCCAUUGCUGGCAAUGGAAAUGCUGGAGUCUAAUUACCCAGAGUGGUUUUGUCACCCAGUGUCUGAUCUAACUAACUAGCUAUAAGUGAGAAAUGUUCAACACUUCACCUGUACAAAAAGAAAUCUUGCAGCCAAACUGUAUUGUUUCUGGUUUUUAAAUAAAGACUGCAGAAAAUCAACCACAAUGUCUUUUUUUUUUAACCAAGUGAAUGUUUGCUCCAGAUCCAUGUGACCUAAAUCAACCAAAUAUCCACUAUAUCCUGUAAAUUAUCAUAGUAUCCCAUCUACUCACUACCUACAUAACACAAUUUGUACAACACAGCCACUAAAAGGAUGAUACCCCUUUCUGCACAUCCUCAUCAACCAGCACAUCACCACAGAAGCAGCACAGGUCCACAACACGAAUUCACCACAACGGUGCCUCAGGUUUCAGCAUUCCCAGGAUUCCUCAGAGUGGGUAACAGGCUCUGGCUAAGCACUGAAAAUAUGGCAUUAACUGUACACUGCACAAUUUUUUUUCUUUUUUUUUUUGUGUAAAGAUUUAAAAUGUAUUACAGUUAACUUUAAUACAAGAACAUACAAAGGCACAGUAUUACAGCAUUUCAAUCUACAAUCAUGUGCUUUGGUUAGACAGCUCAAACAACGUGUGAUAAAGUGAGAGCUCUACACAGUGCAGAACCCACCAAGGCCUGAACCAAGGCAGGCAGCUGCUAAUUCUUUUCUCAGUCUAAUACCCUCAGCACUUAACAGUGCUUUACAGACUAAUAUAACCAUGUUUAUUACAUGCUUGCCUGCAAUCUAUUCCUUCCCCAACCAAUCACUUUUGAAAGAGUGUCAGUCAUAUCAUCUAGUACCAGCCAUGCCACAUCAGGAAUUCUCUCUACAAAAGGCUGACCAGUGUUUGCCAUCACUGCACAGACUCCUGUGAAAACACCAGGAUACAAAUCUAGAGAGAGAGGAUUAGAGCCAUAAAGAAGCACUGCAGGUGAUUAGCAUACCCAUGAAAACAAGCCUCACACACCAUGCUUUCUGAAAGCAAAACCAUUUUCAAGUGUACUCAGUGAGUGUUAGUGAUUUUAAUUAGGUAUAAAUAUGAAUUAGGUAUAAAUAUAAAUGUAUAGUAUGAGACAUCUUCUAUUAAGUGUAGAUUUCUGAGCCAAGCUCAACCUUCAUAUAAAUCUCUACUCUCCAGUGGUGUGAUGCUUAGGAAGAAUUUGGCCAACAGGUCUAUUUACAGCAAUGGAAAAAAAGCAUGCAGCUUAUUUCUUACUGACACCUUGUCUAUCUUAAUUAAAAAGAAAACAAAACCCAACCUGUCAGCCUACCAAGGCACUAGGGAGAACUUGGGAGUUUGCACUAUAUUCUACUUGGUUUUAAAAAAGUAGACUGACAGAAGUAGAGGAAGAUGCAUUUUUUAAAGCCAUUUAUAGUUAUUUCUCCUACUCCUUCAACUCCACUCUCACAAAGAUGUGAUGGUAACAAACUACUUUAACUCUGCACAUUGUAGGCUCAAACUACUUUAACUCUGUGCAUUGCAGGCUAUGGGCACCAGAAGUAUAAGAAAAAUUAGUGUGAAAAAUUAAUAAUUUAAGAGAAUAUCACCCUCCAUUAGUAUAGAGACCAGGGAUUACAAUUAUUUUGUUCGUAACUAAUUUUGCAAAAUGUUCCAGAGAUAAGGACAUAGUUCAGAUCCUAGAGAACUGAACAGCUUAUCAAAGAGAAUGAUAUCACCUGUCCUUAGAACUCUGAAGCUUUCUAGGUCUGCCAAAUAUCUAACACAAGACAAGGUGAAAGCACCCAUUAAACUUCACUGGCAGCACAGAAAUAAUGUCAUUCACAUUCACAUACAUGCAUUUUCCAUUGCUGAAUGUGAGUGGCUGCUGAAA